AUGUCAGAGUUGGCUGCACAGUAUCAGAAACUCCAGAGUGAAUUGGAAGAGUUAAUAGUGGCCAGACAGAAGCUGGAAACGCAGUUGCAAGAAAACAAGAUUGUCAACGAUGAGUUUAAGAGCUUGAAAGAAGAGACGCAAGUUUAUAAGUUGACUGGUAAUGUUCUGUUGCCGAUUGAACAGGAUGAGGCACGUGGUAAUGUGGAUAAGAGACUAGAGUUUAUUGAGAAGGAGAUUACACGAUGUGAAGGGAAUAUUAAGAGUAAACAGACAGAAAUUGAAAACAUAAGAAAUGAAUUGGUUAAAUUGCGUUCAGGCCAAUGA